UGAAACGGAGAGAAUAUGCUGUCACUGUGACUUGGAGGAGAGAAAGAGAGGAACAAAGAUGUACUCCAUCCGUUGCCUGCCCAGCAUGGUGCCCCGCGAGCAGUUAGAAGAGGAUGGAGUGGAGGACAUGACACAGCUGGAGGAGCUACACGAGGGAACUGUGCUGUUUAACCUGAAAAAGAGGUUUGAGAGAGAGAUCAUCUAUACAUUUAUAGGCCGGAUCCUGGUUUCAGUGAACCCCUAUAAGAUUUUGAACAUUUAUGGAACUGACAUGGUUCUGAAACACAAAGGAACUGCUCUGGGAGAAACACCUCCCCACCUGUUUGCCAUAGCAAAUGUCUCCUACACCACUAUGAUGGAUGCCAAACAGAACCAGGUCAUUAUAAUCAGUGGAGAAAGUGGUUCUGGGAAGACUGAAGCCACCAAACUGGUGCUGCGUUACCUAGCAACAAUAAACCACAAACGCAACAUUACACAGCAGAUUCUUGAGGCAGCUCCUCUUCUUGAAUCGUUUGGAAAUGCCAAAACUGUCCGCAAUGACAACUCCAGUCGUUUUGGGAAAUACGUGGAGAUCUAUCUGGAAGAGGGUGUGGUCAGUGGUGCCAUAACGUCACAGUAUCUGCUGGAGAAAUCACGUAUAGUCUUCCAGGCCAAAGAUGAGAGAAACUACCAUAUCUUCUAUGAGAUGCUGGCAGGUCUUCCCACCCAACAGAGACAGACCUUCUACCUACAGGAAGCUGAGACUUACUAUUACCUUAACCAGGGAGGAGAUUGUGGGAUAUCAGGAAAGAAUGAUCGGGAGGACUUCCUGCAUCUGCUAGCUGCCAUGGAGAUCCUCCACUUCACACCCGAUGACCAGGCUGCCAUCUUUAGGGUCCUUGCUUCUAUUCUCCACCUUGGGAAUGUCUACUUCCAAAGAAACGAGACUGACGGACAGGAGGUGGCAUCAGUGGUCAGUGCUCAGGAGAUCAGAGUGGUGGCUGAACUGCUCCAGAUUUCACCUGAGGGCCUGCAGAAGGCUAUCACACACAAAGUCACGGAGACCAUGAGGGAGAAGAUCUUCACUCCUCUGACAGUGGAGACUGCUGUAGAUGCCAGAGAUGCUGUUGCCAAGAUACUGUAUUCCCUGUUGUUCCACUGGCUGACCGGGAGGAUCAACAGACAGGUCUACCCCCCGAACAAUGCUCCUUCCAUCAGCAUACUGGAUAUAUACGGCUUUGAGGACCUGUUGUUCAACAGCUUUGAGCAGCUCUGUAUUAACUAUGCUAAUGAGUACCUUCAGUUGUUCUUCAAUAGGAUCAUCUUCAGUCAGGAGCAGGAGGAGUACAGCCGGGAGCAGAUCCCGUGGCAGGACAUCCCGUUUAGCGACAACCAGCCCUGCAUUGACCUCAUCGCUGCCAAGCCCCACGGCAUUCUGAGGAUCCUGGAUGACCAGAGCAGCUUCCCCCAAGCAACAGACCACACCUUCCUGCAGAAGUGUCACUACCACCAUGGUAACAACCAGCUCUACCUGAAGCCAAAGAUGCCCCUCCCAGAAUUCACUAUCAAACACUUUGCUGGUCGUGUCACCUACCAGGUCCACAAAUUUCUGGACAAGAACUUUGAUCAGGUUGGCCAAGGGGUUCUGGACCUAUUCAGCCACAGCAAGAACAAGAUGGUGGCCAACCUCUUCCUGGUUCACACGGAGGUCGUAGGUCAACACAAAGGACAUUUGAGGAAGAGCAACACAGGGACCCGACGACACCAGCCACCGACUGUCUCCACCAAGUUCACCCUCUCACUACUGGAACUGGUGGACAAGAUGGAGAGGUCCAACCCAUUCUUUGUCCGCUGCAUUAAACCAAACAGUCAGAAGGAGCCAGGUUUGUUUGAUUUAGAGCUGGUGGGCAGUCAGCUGAGAUAUUCUGGGAUCCUGGAGACAGUCAGAAUUAGGAGGGAGGGAUAUCCUGUCAGACUGACUUUCCACGUCUUCCUGUUCAGGUAUAAGUCUCUGAUAGGGUUGAAGCAGCCUCCAGCUCCUGAUGGGAACAACUGUGUCAUCAUGCUCAGUAAACUGGUUCCUCUCCGACAUGGAGCAUACCAAAUAGGAGUUACCAAGCUGUUCCUGAAGGAGGAUGUGUACCAGUUGUUGGAAUCAAAGAGGGAGCGUGUUCGUCAGAUGGCGGCACUCACCCUGCAGAGGUACACACGCAUGUUCCUGGUCAGGAAACGUUACAUGGAGUUCAGAGCCAAGUUCAUCAGACUGCAGGCAUACAGCAGGGGCUUCCUCACUAGGAAGCGAUUUGUGAAGAUGAGAGAAAGUCUGGUCAGGUUUCGUUCUGUUGUCCGUAUGUACAUCAACCGCAAGAGAUAUGUCAAGAUGAAGCUAGAGGCUCGGAGGAAAGCAGAAGAGGAGAGAAGGAGGAGAGAAAUGGAGUUGACUAGGAGGGAGGUGGUUAACGUCACACACCUGGUGAUCCCUGCAGAGCUGGGCGCUUUACUUCAAGCUGCAGCAGGUGGUAGGGUGCUCCAUUCAGACAGUCUAGCUCUGGUCCAGGCACCACUCCUCCAGGAGGAGAACCAGUUGACUCUGCCGCUGGACAUCAACAACUAUCCCUUCAGCCGCUAUGCACAGCUCUACUUCAGGGAGCCUAAGUUUGGGAUGCUCACAGUUCCCUUGAAGACAUCCUUGACACGUACAGACGAUGACCUCUGUCUGGAAGCUCUGGAACUGUUCAUCAUGAUCCUGAGGUUCAUGGGUGACCCCCAUCUGAACGGGGCUCAGGAGAACCUGUUCGGGAACUACAUCAUUCAUAGAGGACUGGCCAAUCCGGACCUGCGAGAUGAGAUCUUGUCCCAACUGACAAACCAGGUUUGGCGGAACCCUAACCAUUACAAUGCAGAAAGGGGUUGGCUGCUCUUGCUAGGGUGUGUCUGCUGUUUCUCCCCGUCCAUCAAGCUACAUAAACACCUGCUCAAGUUUGUCUCUGACCACGCCCCUCCUGGUUGCCAAGCCCUGCUGCAGCACAGGCUGAUCCAAGCCAAUCAGAAGUCCAGGGUAGUAUCAGGCCCUGAGGCAGCACGCACCUAUCCGCUGGCUCUGCUGGAGUGGACGGCCAAUAGAAAGAGAGCUAACAUGGUGCUGCAGGUGACCUGCUUCGAUGGAACAUCCUUCCUGUGUCCUGUCCACUCUUGGACCAGUGGAGAAGAUCUGUCCGGAAACGUCCUACGCCACAGGGGUAUGCGUGACUCAUGGAGAGGCUGGUCUGUGUUGAUGAAAGAGCUUGGUCAGUGGGCAGAGCUAGCUGGUCAUGAUUACAUCAUGGAUCUGAUCUCAGACUUGGAGCUGCCAUGUGACUUCCCCAAACAGAAGAGCUACUUCCUUUUUUCAGCUGAAGAUCCUAACCGAGUCCGAACCAACGCUAGCCUCACUCUGUUUGGCAGUGGUUUUGACAGUGAUGAGGAGCUUUUACCCAGCCUCCCUGUCAGUUCCGGUGGCCCCGCCUGCAGCCUCCCUGACUCGGAUGGGUACUGCAGUCACGUGGAGUCAGAUGCGUUCAGUGACAGUCAGACUCAGAGAGGGAUGGACCGCUACCUCGACAGCCUCUUUGACCCUGUGUUAUCUGAGGGCAACACGGAUCUAGACAACGCAGCCAUUAUGACGGCACGAAUGAAAGGAGCCGGAGGAAUAGGAGAAAGAGGAGUAGGAGGAGGAAGUGCCUGCACAGCUAAUGUCUCUCCCCGACCGGCAGCUGUACCAGUCCUUCCAGUGAUGGGAGGAAUGAUGCCACCUAUACCAACUGUACCCUCUCACCACCACCCCCCCCAACACCACCACCCCCCCGAACACCACCACCAGUACCAGCCUUCCGGCUCUCCCCCCCUCCAACACCCCUACAAUGCCCAGAAGGACUCCUCAGCUCCUACUGCUCGCCUCCCCUCCCACACCCAGCAGGACUCCUCGCCGCCUGCUGCACGCCUCCCCUACCACACCCAGAAAGACUCCUCGCCUCCUGCUGCCAGCCUCCCCUACCACACCCAGCAGGACUCCUCGCCGCCUGCUGCUCGCCUCCCCUACCACACCCAGCAGGACUCCUCAACUCCUGCCGCCAGCCUCCCCUACCACACCCAGCAGGACUCCUCACCUCCUGCUGCCAGCCUCGCCUACCACACUGCUGCACCCACGCCAGCCCUGCCUCCUCUGACCUCCAUGCCACUCCUGCCCUCCAUGCCAUCUUUACCUCUGAUGCCAGGUGUGAUGCCAGGUUCUCCAGAGCAGACAGUGAUGGCCCAGCAGCAACAAGCCCUCAUUAACCAGCAGGCCAUCAUCCUGGCUCAGCAGAUGACCAUGCAGGCCAUGGCUUUCCAACAGCAGAUGUUUUCCUCUUUCCCCCCAGCUGGUCCCGCCCCUCAGGCUCUUCCAACACAACCACCCCCACACAACCAGAGUUAUACAGGAAAUGUUCCAGAGAGUCCCUACCAGACCAGCCAAUCCCAAGCCCAGAACAGACUCUCUCCCAGGAAAACCAGUCUUCUGCGGGCCCCCCCACCUGGUGACAUGGUGCAGUCCAGGCCCCCCCCUCCAGAAGAAGUGGUCCAGUCCAAUGUUUCAAACCCUUCCCACAACAUUAAGGACAUCAUAAAGCAGUAUCAGCCCCCCUCUCACCCUGCACCCAGCCAGCCUGCACACACACACAGCAGAGGGGAUGGGAAGAUGUUUUUAAAGAAGCCGGACCCUCAUGAUGAAGCUAUGGAGAUCCUCAAAGACCAAAUGUCAAACCCACCACCAUCACCACAGAAGAAGUCUCAUAAGGUGCCUCAGAAGCCAAAGGAGGACCUGGGUUCAAAAGUCACAAAGACAAGCAAACCCCACCCACUUGACCCAGCUGCCUCCCACAGUAACCCCACCCCCCCAACAGUGUCCAGAGAGUUGCCAGUAGAAGAUGCAGCCAUCCAGACCCAGCUCCACAGACGUAGCAGCGAGGAACACUAUACCUACACCAACGUGCCUUGGAAGAUCUACCUCAGGAAGGAGGUGUUCUAUCCUAAAGACAACUUCAACACUCCUCUGCUGUUGGAUUUACUAUUCAGACAGAUCGUCCAUGACACCUUCUCAGAGGUCAGCCUCCGCAUCAGUCAGGAGGAGAGGACAGUCAUGAAGGCUCUUUUUGCUGAGCAUCAGGUGGACCAGAGUGGAGCCACACAGGAUGAUAGCGUGAAAAAGGAAGUUGUGAUGACAGCCAGAGACUCCUGGGAAAUAUAUUUCUCACGACUCUUUCCAGCCUCUGGUAGCGUGGGAACAGGGGUACAGGUUUUGUCGGUUUCACAUCAAGGCAUCAAGCUGCUGAAGACGGUGAGGAGCAGCACUGCAGCCCCAGACUACUUCAGAGUACUAAGACCCUACAGCUAUGCAGACAUCCUGUUCGUGACCAUCCCAUCUAAGAACAUGUUGGAGUUCAACUUAACCAAUGAGAAGCUGAUCCUGUUCUCUGCCAAGGCCCCACAGGUCAAACACCUGGUGGACUUAUUUCUGACCGAACUGAAGAAGGACUCAGAGUAUGUUGUAGCUGUUAGGAACUGCAUCACAGAGGACAGAAGUCUUCUGAGCUUCCAUAAAGGAGACAUCAUAAGGAAACACACCAUGGAAGGACUGGAGAACGGUCAGUGUUACGGCUGCAUUGUCAGGAAGAAGGUGAUCCUGCUGGAGGAGCUGAAGAGAGAUGCCUCUGACUAUGGGUGGAGGUAUGGGGCGGUGUAUGGGAGGUGUGGGGUGUUUCCAGAUGGGUGUGUCCAGCCCGUGGCUGCUCCUGACUUCCUGGUUCUACCUGCUGAGAGGGCGGAGCCUCGUGACAGACAGGGCCGUGUGGCUGCCUCUGUUGCUAUUGCCGUGGCGAUGGGCUCUACUGUCGCUGCCCAUGAACUGGACAUCAACACAGAGGCCGUGGCUGGGUAUGGUGAGGACUUCAGCAGUUUACAAGAGCUCCCCCUGAUGGACAGCCAGUAUAACAUGCUGGAGUUCUCCAGAAAGUACUUCAGAGAUGCUCAGAGACACAGUGAUCUGAAGAAGACCAAGAGGGGGAAAGAGAGCACAGACCCAGUUGACAUGGUGAAAUACUCCAAGUCCCCUCUCCAGGAGUCUCUGAUUGACUUCACUGACAGCAAUAUGAACAAGGUGGCAGCAGAGAUCUCACUAGCGGUGAUGAAGUUCAUGGGUGACUACCCUCUGAAGGGACAAACAGAACAAGACUUGGUCUCAACCAUCCUAAAGCUGAGUGGGGACUAUGGUCUAAUGAAGGAUGAAGCCUACUGCCAGGUGAUGAAACAGGUCACAGGAAACACCAGUUCUAAAACGGACAGUUGUCAGCGUGGUUGGAGGCUACUCUACAUCUUGACUGCAUUCCAUCGUUGUUCUGAGGUCCUAAAGCCCUUCUUGUUGAAGUUCCUGCAAGAAGCCUGUUCCAGUCCUGGAGUCCACUACCAAGGUAUAGCGAAUGCAUGUGAACAGAACCUGAGGAGAACGUUCCAGUACGGAGGAAGGAUGGUGCACCCAAAUGGCAUGGAACUCAAAGCUAUGCUGGCUGGACGGAGCUCCAAGAGACAACUGUUUCUCCUACCAGGUGGCAUAGAGAGACAUCUGAAAAUCAAGACCUGCUCAGUGGCUCUGGAUGCUAUAGAGGAGCUGUGCUAUGAGAUGGGGCUGCACAGUCUGGAGGCUAUGGAUGAGUAUGCUAUAUUCCUGGUCACACAGAGAGGGCAGAAUGUCCGUCCACUGAAUAAAAAGGAGUACAUCCUGGAUGUUGCUACAGAGACAGAGUCAGUGGAUGCUAACUACAGUCUGUGGUUCAGGAGAGUUGUCUGGACCCAGCCGCUCAAAUUUGACAACGAGCUCUCUGUCACCAUGCAUUAUAACCAGGUGUUACCUGACUAUCUGAAGGCCCUGCUGAAUGUGGUUCCUCAGGAUAAAACCAGUGAACAGCAGCUCCAGCAGCUGGCCAAGCUAGCAGCACUACAACAUCGUGCUAAAGACACUGUCCUUCUACCCACCAUUGGGGAGGUCCAUCAGUGUGUUCCCACCCAGCUCUACAGCUGUCAGCCUCCUCAGACUUGGCUGAGCAUGAUGACGCGCCACUCUCAGCAGACAGCUCCUCUCAGCCCUCACCAGGCCCGGGCUCAGUUCCUCGGUCUGGUCAGUGCUUUCCCCAUGUUUGGGUCGUCAUUCUUCUACAUUCAGUCCAGCAGCAACACCUCCAUCAUUGCUCCCUGUAUUCUGGCUGUCAACCAGAAUGGACUGCACUUCUUACACAAGGACACUCAUGAGGCCAUGGUGCGGUACCCUUUGAAGGAGGUUCAGUCCACCAGAACCCAGCGGUCAACAGGAGGCUCCGGGGCCAGCUAUCCCUAUGUAGACAUCCUGCUGGGAGACCUCCUGACCCAACGGGUCACACAGCUACAACUAGACCAGGGUUUGGAGCUGUGUCGGGUCAUUGCCAUGCACGUGGAGAACAUGCUGUCUGUCCGGGAGAAGAGACUGACUCUGCCACCCAGCGAGAUCACACUGCUGUAACACACACACACAAACACAUACACAGACCACACUGCUGUAACACACAUACACAGACCACAC